GGAUCUGGGGCGAGUUUUCCUCCAAGGAGACAAACGACAACAAACAUGGCGGACAACAAACGGGAAUCAUCGUCUUUGAAAAAUUUGCUUGAAACUGUCUAUGAAGUGCAUAGAAAGGACAUUAAGACCUACACAAGUGGUCACCUCAAUUCAAGCAAACUUUUAAAACCUCCAGAAGCACGUCAUAAAAGAUGGGAAACGGCGGAUAAACCGCCAAUUCGGUGCGUACAGGCUUCGCAUAUUAGAUUAACAAGAAAUGAGUUUAUUACUUAAUUAUAUGUAGUAAUCGCGGCCUUUUUAAGUGUGUUCAGUGUGUGUAGCUGUGUUUUUUCCACUUAGUCUCAGGUAUGAUCUGCGAGCCAUUUUUCGUAUUUAUAUUUUCCGUGUUUAUUGUAGUUUGAAGCCGCCCUGCCGUCUUAUUGAUCUCCCAGUCAGAAAAGGUGAACUGAGUGCAACGGAACUCCGCCACAAGACCAUGGCAGAUCGCCUUGUCGAAUUCAGUCUGGGACCAGUAAGGAAUCUUGCACUCAGUAAGUUGUUUAUCCAAUAUACAUUGCGCAUACAUAUAUAUUGUAUAGUGAACUGUUUGACUAGAAGAUGUUUUUAAUGGUGGACUCUUUUUUGGUAGAAACUCGGCAUUCCCCUAUACCUCACUUUAUGGUAAUAUCCUCUCUUUUUUUACGAAAAAAACAGCAACAACAACAGCAACAACACAUAAAAAGAAAGAGUGUUGUUAAAGCAAUGAGCGAUGCGUUAAGGAAUUCCACGGAAAUUCUUAAGCUGUUUUUGUUCACUGUACAUUCAUCAUGGAUAAUUAAUAUUUUUUUCAUUGUUAGGCACCGGGGAGUGCUUCUUACUUCAGCGUGCAAAGAAAGUUGUGUCUGAUAGCCCGGGGCUUGUGGAUUUUGCUAUCGGGCCAGUGAAUUGUGUUCUUAACUUGCCCAAUGGAAUAAAUUCUGCCCAUCCAAAAUUUUGGGGGCUAGUUGAAAUGAUGUUUGGGCUAGUAAAUGCUUGCUUCAGCUUGCCCUGAUGGCAAGCUGUAAAAAUGACUUUCUUUGCACCCUGUACUUCCAUUAAAAUUUGGUAAAGUCAAUUUACCACCAUAAAAAGAUUGAAAAGCUGAUGCCUGGCUGUAGACCUUCGUCAGGAUGCCCAGCCAGGCAAAGGACUGGCACUAAAAAAGUUACCUUGUUUUUUGUGUAUUAAUAUUAUUAGUAGUAGUAGUAGUAUCAGUAUACUUUUAAUUUUUCAUGGGGGUAAAUUGACUUAUACCCAGUUGAUAAAACCAGAUUUUUUGUACUUUACUCCUCCACCGACAGAGCACCUAAACGAACCUCUCUAUUAUUCCAUUAUUCAGCUCAAAUUAUGCCCCAAAAUGCCUCUGCAUGCUGGCAGUAUAUCAUUUCAAAAAUUGCUUAUUCUGCUUGAGAUUUAUCCUAGCAUGACAUGUUAUUCUUUUAAAUUCUUGGUAUAAAAUUACCAUAAUUCUUCCACUAUAAAGCAGUGACAGUUUAUGUUUUAAAAUGAAACAAUAUUCAACAUUUGUAUCUCAACAGAAAAUGAAUUAAGAACAGAUUCAGAAGGUUUUAAAGAAAUUUCUAUGGCAAAUGAAGAGUCAAGUAGAUCAGACAAGCUAACUGGAGACAAGGUUCUUGUAGAGGAGUUACGGCUACCUGAAAUUAUGAUACCUGCAGUCACUAAAACCAAAGGUGGAAAUAGAUAACAUAUUUUUCAUUACAUUUAUGGUAACAUUAUUAUUGCUAUUAUUAUUAUUAUUAUUAUUAUUAUUAUUAUUAUUAUUAUUAUUAUUAUUAUUAUUAUUAUUAUCACUAGUGAUUUCACAAAUUGAUAAUAUUAUUAGGGAAGUGUUCAUUAUUUAUCUAAAUCAUGGGAGGGGGCAGGGGUGAGGUGCUUCCUUGGGAGGGGGGGUCAUUAGAGUUUCAAGAUAGUUAGUGGGGGCAGGGUCCAAAAUUAACUCUUUUAUCCAGGUGCCAAGUGGUGGCUGAACAUUUUUUCUUAGUCACCAGAUGGAAAAUUCUAGUUGCCAGUAAGUGCCCCUAAAAUUUUUGGAAACACACUUAAAACAUUAUCUUGAAUACUUGUAAACAAGCGCAGAAGUCAGACUUCCAUGUACAAAAAAGCAUUAUAUGAUUGUGUAGCUUAUGCGUCCUAGUUGAAAAGGAUUUUUCAUUGAAAAGAUAGCCGGCUCUUAGUUUGAAGACUGAACAUUAUAAUGCAACUGCCUUUCCAGGGCUGUUAUUGCUGGUUUUCACAUGACGUCAGUAAAAUUCAAACGAUAAAACUAUCGAUCCUACCGAGAUUUCACUUUCACGAGGUAUUAGAGUGGCUGAAAACUAAUUUUCAUACGAAUUUUCUCUUCAAAAGGAUUCUUCGUUUUGUGAUAGAGUACGCUUGAAUUUCUAAGCUUUUGCGUGACGCGGCAUUAAGAGAGCUGUCAGGUAUGUUUAAAAAAAUGACUUAUUUCAGGGAAUUUUGCUAU